UAUCCUGUCCAAGCGCGCGAGUGGUCGGAAGUUGAGAGAGCGUGCUCCCAACACAACCAAAACAAUGAAAGCUAUCAUUCAGAGGGUCACCAAAGCGACCGUGACAGUUGGAGAAGAACAAGUGAGUGCAAUAGGACGGGGGCUGUGUGUGCUGCUGGGGAUAUCAGUGGAGGACACACAGAGGGAUGCUGAGUACAUAGUCCGAAAGAUCCUGAACCUGCGGCUGUUUGAAGACGAGAACGGCCGAGCAUGGAGCAAAAGUGUCAUGGACAGGGAUUUUGAGGUGCUUUGUGUAAGCCAGUUCACACUGCAGUGUAUACUGAAAGGAAACAAGCCAGACUUCCACUCAGCCAUGCCUGCAGAGUUGGCCCAGCCCUUUUACAACAGCAUCCUGGAGAACAUGAGGAGUUCCUACAAGCCAGAGCUCAUUAAAGAUGGAAAGUUUGGCGCCUACAUGCAGGUCCACAUUCAAAACGAUGGGCCUGUCACCAUAGAGCUGUCGUCACCGACUGGUCCUACUGACCCCAAACAGCUGACGAAGCAGGAGAAGCAGCAGCAGAGGAAAGAGAAGACACGCUCCAAAGGCCCCUCAGAGUCAGGCAGGGAGAAAGGAGCCCAGCGUUCCCGACAGGACCCCAACGCCAGCAGUGGAGCUGAGGGUGAUGUGUCGUCAGAGAGGGAGCCCUAAAGUUGGAUGACGUUCUACUGGGGACAUGACGGUGAUCACGUUUCCUCAGGAAGGCCUGAUUCCUCGGUGACACUCACACCUGACUUGGGACUGUCGUCCUUCCUGUUUGGAAAUCAUCAGGAUUCUCUUGGCCUGUUGCAGAACAUCAUCGCCCUGCUGGUGUCUAUGGCUUCUCUCCCUCCCAGUCAGAUCUGUUUAACAACAAGACAUUUCUGUUUUAUUUAUUUUUUAAGGAUCACAGUGGUGCACAUAAAGGGAACACGGGUGAUAUGGAAUGGAAAUGUCAUCUACAGCACUACAUUGUGUGAUUAUUUUCUUUAUAUCUCACUAGCCUUCCAUGUUUCCUCCUCCAUCUGGCUAUGGCUGUCCAUCUUUCCCUCUCAGAUCUCAGCUGCUCUUCCCUCUUAAUCUCUUGUCAGAAACAUGGCACUGACCCUGAAGCAUAACUCAGCUCCAAGUCCUUGGCUUAAAGCACAGGCACAAAACCUAAUGACAGUAAUAAUGUCACAGCCUUGCCAUAUUUAUUUCCACCUCAUGAUUGUCAUGGUAACUUCUGUAAAGUUUGUCUUUACUACACCUGAAUGAAUGGGGUUUAAAUAUCCAGCUGAAAAUGCAGGCCAGUCCUGUAAAUUAAAUUUAUUGUGCUCUGUUUGAGGAAAAAUGGAAAAAUAUGGUGAUGAAAUUGAAUUAAAAAAAAAAGAAUUUUCUUUUUUAGCUAUUAGAAAAGGCAGUAACACACAGUUAAAGGCUUCAACUAUUUACAACACCCAUAUGAGUUUCCUAGCUAAUGUCUCCUUUUUGUCUCUAAUGCAUCAAUUUUUGUUAAACCUGUAAUUUCUGAAUCAACUGACAAACAUCACCAAUAUAAAAAGUGCCCUGACACAUUCAGUAAUUUAAGAGUGAGUCAGUGUAAUAGCUUAUAAACAUACAGGAUCUUCAGUUGUCUACUUGAGAAGAUUAGCUACAAAACUCUUAGGUCCUUCUUGUUUCUAAAUCACCAUUAGUUGAUCAGAAAGCAGGUUUUCAAAAUGUCAGUCCUUUUGUUCUUUACAAUAUCACAUUUUAAAAGGAUUAAGAUCUCUGUUUGGUCUGUAAUAUACCAAAGAAAAAGUUUGUUGUCUGUUAUUAAGCCCACACCAACCAAUGGAUUGAAAAAAUAAAAUAAACACUGCCCCUGGAAUCUCAAGAUCCACCUAAUCUAGUCUAAAUGAACUUAAAAAGCAAAAUAUUACAAGAUAGCCUGCCUGCAGACUGUUUAUCUCAGAGGCCGUCUCUGUCAGAACAGAACUGCUAUGAUCCGCUGGAAUAAAAAAAAUUCUAUUUUUAGAUAAAACAGUGUCUGGCAGUUGCAUUCAUGAAAUAACCACAUUGCAAACAUUAUAGACUAAGUAAUAUUUCAUAAAUAAAACAGAGAAAAAGAUCAGAGGUCUAAUCAGGAUUAAAUUAAAUGAUAU